ACAAGUACAUCGUAUCUAUACGCAUUAGUGCUACCUGCGCUUUUAUGGUACAAUCGUAAAGAUGUGCUCAAUCAAAUUCGUUCUGCUGUCCUUCGUGAUCGUACAAUCAACACUAAGCGUAUCUUUGAGGAACUUCGAUUGCAAUGGGAUGCUAAAGUGGAAACUAAAAAAGGUCGCCGUUCUAGUUGGCAAUAUAAGGCUGAUAGUACUUGAAUAAGA